GAUGUCCGUUUAAAGUUAUUUAUAUGAGUAGGCUCAUUUAAAGGAAGAGGCUUCAAAGAAAGAGAUUGUGAGGUAAAUCAGAUCUGUGAUUGACAAUCUUGAGAAGAAUAAAAGCUUUAAGUAGUUAAAUUAAUAACUCUCAAAAUUGAUAGUAGGAUUAAGGACAUGCAUUCAUUAAUAGGAAGUAUCAAGCUAUAUCAUUUAAUUAAUCUAAAUUAUGAGAGAAAUCACGAAUAAUCAUUAAAACCAAAAAUAAAAUCUGUAUGAUAAGGAUAAAGCAAUUUUGAUGUAAAGAAUUCAUGAGUUAGAAUAACAGGCAAAAGAAAAUUAAUUUUAAUUGGGUAUGUAUUUGUAUAGAAACGGUUAGAAUUACAGAUGCAAAGGAAUGAAGCAGAGGAGAGGAUUAAGAAUUAUGAAGUUCAAUUAGAGUAAAUAAAACAGAUAAAAAAUUAAAACCAAAAUUAACCUAAAAAAUAGUAAACAAAUACGAAAGAAAAGAUGGAACUAAAAAACCAAAUAAAAUUGAUGCAAACUAAAAUAUAGACACUUUCUGAGAAGGAGAAGAAAUUAAUCUAAUUAGUAAAAGCAGUAAAAUCCAGAGGGAUUGAUGUUGAGCAUAUCUAUAAAAAUAUCAAUUAGGUUUCAAGCAGAAAUAGUAAUACUACAAAUAAAGAGGAUAAGGAAGAGUUUAUUGAUAGUUCGAAUUCUGAUUUCGCAGACAUUUCUCAAUUUGAUAUUGGUUAGAGUAGUAUUAAAAGGAACAAAAAAUUCUUAUUAGAUUGA